CACCACACAGCACGUUCCCCGAGCUCGGCCACACCCAGUACCAAGUGCACAGCCGCAGCGCCGCAUCACCGCCUUCCAUUUCCACAUCUAGGGUUUCAGUUGAGUCGAGUUGAGUCCCCCUCCCCCCACGGCCCCACCUCGCCACCGCCGGCCAUGCCCGACGCGGCGGCCGCCGCCGCCGCCGCCCAGGACGCCGACGCCGUGAUGCGCGACGCACCCGCCGACGCAGCAGCAGGCGGCGGCGACAACGACGACGACGACGGGGAUGACGGCACAGAAGAGGACGAGGAGGAGGAUGACGACGAGGAGGGCGAUGAAGAGGAGCUGCCGCCGGCCGAGGAUCCGGCGGCCCCGGAGCCGGUCUCGGCGUUGUUGCCGGGGAGCCCGAACCAGCUGACGCUGCUGUUCCAGGGCGAGGUCUACGUGUUCGAAUCCGUGACGCCUGAGAAGGUUCAAGCUGUUCUGUUAUUGUUAGGAAGAAGUGAAAUGCCACCAGGUUUAGCUAACAUGGUUUUACCAAAUCAACGUGAGAACAGAGGUUAUGAUGAUUUACUUCAGAGAACAGACAUUCCUGCCAAAAGGGUUGCUUCACUCAUUAGGUUCCGUGAAAAGCGGAAGGAAAGAAAUUUCGAUAAAAAAAUACGUUACGCCGUACGCAAAGAAGUGGCACUCAGGAUGCAACGUAGGAAGGGUCAAUUUGCCGGAAGAGCAAAUAUGGAGGGAGAGUCCCUAUCUCCAGGCUGUGAACUUGCUUCCCAGGGUUCAGGCCAAGAUUUUCUAUCUCGAGAAUCAAAGUGUCAGAAUUGUGGCACUAGUGAAAAAAUGACACCGGCAAUGCGCCGUGGUCCAGCUGGUCCAAGGACUCUGUGCAACGCCUGCGGACUGAUGUGGGCUAACAAGGGUACCCUGAGAAAUUGCCCCAAGGCAAAAGUUGAAUCUUCUGUGGUUGCAACUGAGCAGAGCAAUGCAGCUGUCUCUCCGAGUGGAAUCGACAACAAGGAAUUGGUGGUACCAAACCCUGAAAACAUUACCGCAAGCCAUGGCGAAGUCAUGGGCGACAGCACUCCGGCAAAUGAAGCCGAGAUAGGAGCGCCAAAGGCGCAGUCACAAUAAGUUUAUGUUUAACCUGUCAUGAUUGAAACCAAAAGAUUCUGGAUUCUUUGCCUACAGGCUAUACAGCUAAACAUCACAAUAGAAGGUCUUUUUCCUGACCAAAGUAUACUGAUUCUCCUCAAGUGUACAAUUCUUGCUUGCCAGCACAUGUAAAUGUAAUUGUAAUUAACAUAAAGAGCCUGAUUGGUGCCUGUUGUGUAAACCCCUCAUUCUCAUGACAUCUAAGAUAGCACAUCAAGCAGACUGUCAUGUACUUCCGGCUUUGGAGCUGCUUCUGAAGGGGAGUUGUCUGAUGGUGCUUAGUGUCCCUUCCUAACUACUACGCCUGUAAAGUUGUACCAACUGAUCCUUGUACAGUUUGUAUUAAUGUGUCGUCUCUGUCU